UGCCCGAAACAAAAUAAAGUACUAUUUGACAGGUAACAUUCAACAUUUUCGUGUAAAAUAUAUAAAUUAAACAUAAAUCGUUUAAUAUUUUUUAAAACAAAAUUCAUUCAAACAAUGCAAUAAUUACCAGUGAUGUGAAAGUACACGACGGUUUCGCCCGUACACAAAAGUAACCUACAAAACAAAUGGCUCACUGCAAACUAACCCCACAUGAGUUUAUAAAAAAUGCGUUUACGCCACAAAUCGCAGUUAUAUGUAGCCCUAAAGUUGAAGAAAUCAGCCAAAGGAAUAACUUAACGUUCAGAGAACUAUUACAACCGUUUUGUAAAUUAGGAACUGAAGCCCAUUACAAAGAUCCAACUGGAAAUGUAGUUUCAAUUAGAAAUUUUAAAAUAAAUUUACAAGACAUUAACUUUCGACCACCUCAACCGACUCUGGCAAGAAAAUUUUUAAAUUCUUCCGUUAGCGAAGCACCGGACGUGCGUUUUCAAAACAACAACGUCGGAGAAUACAUUUUGCACGUUCCCACAUCGGUCCCUUGGUUCGAACAGUGGCGAGAUACGUUUUUACAAGUGCAAUUUCCAUCUGAUCAUGAAUUUACGAAACAUUUCGUUGCUUGUAUGUUGGUUAUUUCAUCGUGCGAUGAAAAUCCUGUGAGAACUAUGAUAGAUUUAGCUCAAAAAGUAAAUGAUUUGCAAUCGUCUAAUAAACUUCCGAAAUGGUUUAGUCAUAAUAUUUUGAGAUAUUAUGUUGUAGUACAUGAAAAACAUGAUCCUAAUAAUGUAGGUGCUGUGGAAUGUUUUGAUAAUUUAAAAAUGCAAUUUGGUAUUAAUAACGUAUUUUUAUUGCGUACAAAUUCUCGAAAACCUAGCCAAUCGGAUGAUAUGUUACCAGAUCCUUGGAGUCAAUUUAUUUCUACAGUAAUUCAAAGUGGAGAAUAUGAAGUAACACCAGAAGCAUCUCCAACGAUGAGUAAAUCGUUUGUUGAUACAGAUUUAGAACAAGAACUAAUUACUGAAAAUGGAAACAGUGGUUUAACUUACCAUCCAUUAAGUCCUGAACAAGAAAAACUAAUAGCUAUUGAAGAAGUAGUCGAAAUUAAGCAAAGAAAAAAUGUGAGUCAUGGUAGUUAUCUUACCAUGGAAGAUAUUGAACAAUUAAAAUUAUUAAUACACGAAUUUUGUACUCGAGCACUUUUUCCUUUUAUUGAACGACAAGUUAGUACCUUACAUGAAUUUAUUACAAACAAAAAAGGUGUAAGUCGAUCGUUUAUAAGUGCUACAAAGAGGUGGUUUACUCCUACUAAACCUGGAAGUAGUGCAAUACCAACAACACCAACAUAUUUUCCCGACGCUCCUGAAUUACAAGUUCGAAGACUAGGGGAUUUAUGUUUCAUGUUCGGGCAUUAUACGAUGGCGUUUCAAGCGUAUCACACCGCGAAAAGGGAUUUUAACGCAGAUCAAGCUUGGUUAUUUUACGCUGGUGCUCUUGAAAUGGCCGCUUUAAGUGCUUUCAUGGCCAACGAAACUUCUAGGAAGACACUCGAUUAUAUGGAUGAAAGUAUUACAACUUAUUUAAAUAUUUGCAAAUUGCCUCAAUUCGCAACAAGAGCGACGUUAUUGAGUUCGGAAUGUUUAAAAGGAAGGCAAAUGUACGGCGAGGCUGCUCACCAACUUAUUAGAAUGACGAGUGAGGAGUCCGAUUUACGAUCGGCUUUGUUACUCGAACAAGCUGCUUAUUGUUUUUUAAUAUCUACAAAACCGUGUAUGGUGAGAAAGUACGCGUUUCAUAUGGUUUUAGCUGGUCAUAGGUUUUCCAAAGCUACGCAAAGGAAACAUUCUUUUAGAUGUUAUAAGCAAGCGUUUGAAGUAUACGAAAAUAAAGGUUGGAAUUUAGCCCAAGAUCAUAUUCAAUACACAAUAGGAAGGCAAGCAAGUAACCUGGAUUUGUUGGAGGAAGCGGUAAGAGCUUAUUCGAAACUUUUAAGCGACCAAAGCAAACAGUCCUCGCAACAACAAGCGAUAUUUCUAAAAGAAUAUUUAACAAUUCAAAGCGCUUUAAAUAUAAAAAAUAAUAACACCUCAACGCAAGUGUUACCUUUACCAAUAAUAGAUACAUCCGGUUUAAAAUUAUUAGUGGCCCCAACCCCACCUUUAAGAACGCCAGGAAAAGUUUCAGCGAUGGGAAUUUCAUUAUCGCACUCAGAAACGUCGGUAGAACUAUCGAGAUGGACGAAAUUAGAAGAGAUGUUAGUCCAGGAAGCUCAAGGAUCACUUCCAAUGAUAUUCAAACCUCUAGUUACAUUAUUCACAAAAGAAAACGCAACCAUUUCAACGCCUACAGCGAUUUUAGGCGAACCAAUUCAAGUUUCCGCUCAUUUAAAAAACCCCUUACAUAUUAAUUUAUUACUAAAAGACGUCCAUCUCCUAUGGAAUUAUCGCGGCGAAACGGAAAAUAUAAAUAACGACAACCAAAACGAAAAUUCCAAUAAAUAUUUAAAAACGCAUUACGUUAAUAACAUCGUUUUACAAUCAAAUUCCCUUCAAGAAGUUAUUUUAAUGUUAACCCCCUUAGCUGUUGGGGAGGUAAAAUUAAUCGGGAUUUGUUAUAGUUUAGUUAGCUCGUUUAGCGAUGAUGAUCAAACCGAAGUAAAAGGUAAACAAUUAUUCGAUAAUAAACCCGAUGAUAAACGUUUUGAAAUAAAAAUUGUCCCAUCUGCGUCGUGUUUGCAAGUAUAUUUUACCGAAAUUAGCUCGGAUAUGUUAAAAAACGAACUGCAACACGUUAAUAUUGAGCUGAGAAAUGUCGGCACCGUUCCGUUACAUAAAAUAUACAUGGCGACAUCCAAACCGGAAUUAUUAUCUUGUUGCGAAUUCGCUAUAAAACAAAAUUUUGAAACAAUCGAUAUUGAUUUGAAUUCACCGGCGAUUCGCGAAAGAGAAGCGCGGAAAAAUCAUGUGAUAAAUCUUCCAUUAGUUCAAUUAGAACCAGGACAAAUGAAAACGUGUAAUAUUUGGAUAAAAGCAUCGGAUAUUACUAAUACAUUAGAUUUAUUAAUUUAUUACGAAAAUAUUGACCCAGUGAGUAUACCAAGAUAUCGGUUAGUACGCCACGUUUGGAACUUUCAAAUACAUGAUUCAUUAAAGGUUGAUUUAAAACCAUAUCAAAGCCACACUGCGGAAAAUGUUGAACAAUUAUCGUUAUCAUUAAAAGCAAUGAACAUGAAUAAAAUUCACUCACCGAUUUAUUCUCAAAUAACAAUAUUAAACGCAGCUAUUUUGAGUGAAAAUUGGAUUUUAUUAAACGAAGUAGUUAACCCGGAAAUUAUUGAAUUAGGACCUCAAGAUUCAGCCCAUAUUUUAUUAAAAGCGAAAAGAAUAUUGAAAAAGAAUAUAAACAAUCAAAUUAAUUUCAUAAAAAUUCCACCCAAUUAUCCUAAAGCUGGUUAUUUAGAUUUUGCCCAAAGAAUCGAUCAGAAUCGUAUUAAUAUUUUUAACGAAUCUGUUUGCGAGACUAAUAACGAUCAAAAAGAAGGAACGGUCAUUUUACGGUGGAAAGCUAAAGUCGCGGAUACCGUGGGAAAUGAACGCUAUGUUUACGGCCAAAACCAAGUUAUUAUUAAUUUAGAAAAAAUUGAAGAAGACGAUGAAAGCGGAUAUAAAGGACCUAUUGUUUUCUCCGACGGAAAAAAUGACGAUAAUUUAGUUACAACUAAAAUUAAAGAACAAGAAGAAUUACAACGCAAAGAACAACAAAUUCGAUGCAACGUUAUUCACCCAACAAAAAUAAUUCAUAACUUUCAAAUAAAUAAAUUAUGUAUUAUUCGAGUUAAAUUAUUAUUACAUAGUACCGUCGAUGAUACAGAUUUAGAAGUAAUCAUUAAAACUUUAGAAACAUCUAAUCCUUUUCCUUCGGGCGUUAGUCAACGACCACUAUUUUCACCGUUUUCAUCAAAACACUGCCGUUGGGUGCAACUUGGCAGCACGAUUCGGAGAUUACCACCGCUGAAUUCGGAAACAAUCGACUUGUCGCUCGCCGUUUUGGGUCCGGGCACAUACGAUUUGGGCUCUCACUUGGAGAUUUGGUGCCAGAAAGUUAACCAAGCCGAAACUGCCAUCCUCCAAAGUUGCCGAAUACAAUCCUCGGUUAUAGUCACCGCUCCCGCGUGAAUUUAUAUUUUAUAUCUCUCCUUUAAUGUACAUUAAUUAGUUUGUAUUUAAUUUCAAUGUUCAUUUUUAAAUUUUUUUCUAAUACAGUGUAUCCCAAAAAGUCAA